AUGUGUGUGUGUGUGUGUGUGUGUGUGUGUGUGUGUGUGUGUGUGUGUGUGUGUGUGUGUGUGUGUGUGUGUGUGUGUGUGUGUGUGUGUGUGUGUAAUGGCGAACCAACAGCAUCAAGACGAAGAGCGGGACGCCGUCACAAAGUCAACAGCCGAAGCGAGAUCGAGCUCAGCCAGAAAGGAUCCAGCCCCACCAGCAAUCAGAGCCUCACCCUGAGCUCAAAGAGGCGGCGGAGGCGCGGGGAGGAGAUCGAUCACGGCCUGGCCUCACCCGCACAACAGCAACCCAGGAGACACAGAGAGAGAGAGACAGAGAGAGACAGAGAGAGAGUCACACACACAACAGAUACAGAGAGAGAGAGAGAGAGAG